CGAAGCAAGAACUUGAAUCCUGUAGAAGUUAUAUCAACUGUAAACAUUGCACGAUGGUGACACUGAAGUAAUUCGAUAAAUUUUAAAAACUUGUCAAAGAAGAAAGACGAAGUAGUAAUUUGACACAAAGUAUCGACAAUGGAGGGAAAUGGUAUUUACACAGUGGUCCCUGGAGUGUUGAACCAGAUAUACGCCCUCUGCAGCUCCACCUUCGACAUCGCCAACAUCUACAACUUCGACGCCGAAUAUGCUCAUCAGGCCGAAAUUGGAGCCAAGCCGGACACACCCGUCAUCUGCGGCCUAUCCUACCUCGUGCCCUUCGAUCUUGCCAACAUAGGCAGGGAGAUACAGAUUGUAGACAUAUGGGAGAGCUUCUCCUUCUUCCUCAUAAGUGUGGUGAUAACAUGGACAGCAGUAGUGCUUCCAGUUGCCCUUAUGACACAGGGUUUCAUAGGAACCCCUGAUCAUACUAUAAAUAAAAGGAAAAAGCGAAGUUUACACAUGCGGGAGAUCUUACAGCUGGGAAUGGCAGAAAGUUGGGAGUGGGAAAAAGCUCUUCGUCAAAUAUCCCUUGAUGAUCUCCUAAUACUCCUUGAACUCCCAGAGUAUGAGUGUCGAAGACGAGCCUUUUGUGAAUUCCACAAAUUCCUGACUUUUCUACCCCCAUCCGUAAUGACACUGUACAACAUGAUAAGCCCCCAUAUGAGUGGCAUGAAAAAGUAUCGCAAGAGUAUUGUUACUGGAUUGGCAAGAGGAGACUGUAGUUGGAUACACAAGGGUUGCCCACUUGCACCUCUUGAAUUUAUAGACAGGAUAAAAACUUUAAAGAGAAAAUAGUUGAACAAGAAUAAAUUAAGAAAUUGUGUUGCAUUUAGCUUGGACAUUUUUUGCACAUGUUGAUGACUACAUGCUUGCACAAGCUUAUUUGGAAAAUGUUUGUAUUCCUGAAUGUUUGAAACUUAUUGAAUUUUUAAUAUAUUUUAAAGUAAGUUAUGUAGUCUAUUUUUUUUAUAAAAGUAAAAGAAAUUAACAAUGUUGUAGUAAGGUGCU